GGGCGGCCAGGACACCAGCGGGCCAGGCAGGGAGCCACGGGUGCCGUGUCCCAGCGGCACGGCCCUGGCUGGCACGGGGCACGGGGCCAGAGUGGCACUGGUCCUGGCCCUGCCUGUGCCUGGCCCAUAGACCCUUGGCUGGGGGGGGACACGGACUGCCAGGGGCCCAGGGCUGUGUCCAGGGGGGAGGGGGGCACGGGGGGGCGGAGAACCUGGUCUUUACCCACGUGGCACUCGUCCCCUGAGGCUGGGCACCGCUAGCUUGCUUACCUUACUUGGCUUACUUAGUUUGGUCCAGAGGCGCUUGAGACACGUAUUUGUGGUGACCCAGCGCUGUGUCCACCUGAUGGAGGACCCAUAGUGACGGCCUCUUGGUCUGUGUCAGUGAGGGCCACUUGCUCUGUGCUCAUCCUUGCUGGUGUUUGUUGGUCAGGGCCACUGGCAAACCUCCUUGGGUCUGCCGCCCCAAUAUCAGUUUUUCGUGCAUUCCUCAGGCUAGGAUUUAAAAAAGGUGAUGGAUUCCCUGCCUGGGUUGAGUGUUUUCCAGGGAGGAACCAGAUGGAUGACAGGAGGUGUAGAGAAGUGUUGGCCAGGGUGUGAAGUCACUGCCGAGCCCCGUUUGACGCCCCAUGUUUCCACACUUUGUAUCAGCUGUCCUGGAGAAGCGUCUGGAGAAGCUAUCCAUCAAGAGGAACACAGUGGAGCCUCCGCCCCCGCCACUCAUGCCGACUCAGGUGGCAUGCGAGGAUGGCCCACGCACACCCUUCUCCUCCCAGGAACCCAAGAUCAUGAUCCUGCGGCGGCCCCAGGACAGGACAGCCGCCGCCGCAGCCAAUGGCAUCGUCAACUCCCGCCAGAAGCAGCCCGUCAAGUCCCUCGAGCAGAGACAACAGGAGUACGCGCAGGCCAGGCUGAGAAUACUUGGGGAUGCUGGCAGCAGCGCAGAGGAGAACAAGCCCAAACCAGUCCAGCAGAAGUCAUUUGAGCAGCGUGAGGCGGACUAUGCAGCCGUGCGCCUCAGGAUCAUGGGCUCAACCUCCAAGUCCGUCGAGGAACAUAUGCUGUCUGGCACCUCCGACACCACCACCACCAUCACCACCACCAUCUCCACCACCAGCAACACCAACGCUAGCCCCGCCCCGCACCCCACGCCCCCGCCUCAGCACGCCCCGCAGCUCAGCGUACCGCAUAGCAACGUGGGGGUCCUGAGAUGUCCGCGGGGCCCUGACGGAACAGCUGGGUUCGGGCGGGGCAACGGGGCGGGGGUGGAUGGGGUGGGGCAGAUGAGGUAGCAGAGGCUGGGGUGAUUCUAGGCCCCCAACCCCCCCUUUUCCCCUCCCGUUAUACCCCUACUACUACUAACAACAACAACAACAACAACAUUAUCGCCAUUAGCAUGUCCGAGUUUUGGCGGGAAAAAAAGUAUUAUUAUUAUUAUUUUUUUUAUUAUUAUUGUUAUUAUUAUUAUUAUUAUUAUUAUUAUUAUUAUUAUUAUGGACUGUUUGUGUUUUGUAAUGAUGAUGAUGAUUUUUGUGAUAAUGGAGAGAGAGAGAGAGAGAGAGAGAUGGGGUGGAAUAUAAGGGAGAGGAAAAAGAGAAGAGAGAGGAAGGAAGGAUUUAAGAAAGGGAAGGGAAGGAAGGAGAUCGAAGAAUGAAGAGAAGGAAAGAACGAAGGAGGAAGAAAGGAAAGAAGAGAGAGAAAGAGAAAGGGAAGAAAAGAGAUUGAGAGAAAGAGAGAGAGAGAGGGUGGACAAGUAUUAGAGAAAAAUAAUAAAUAGAUAGAUAGAUAGAUAGAACAGCCUCUCUCUUGUCAAUACAAGUUAACACAAAACACAAACACUGUCCAACUAUCAUUAUUAUUAUUAUCAUUAUUAUUAUUAUUAUUAUUAUUAUUUUUUUUUUUUUCUCGCAUCGUUCCUUUCCGCUGUUCCGAAUUUCUCCCCCUCCCCCCUCUGCUGCUCUCCCCCUCCCCCUCUGCUGCCCUCCCUUCCCCCAUUGCUGUUUGCCCCUCUCACCCUCUUGCCAGAAGUUUAAGAGUUGCUGAUUUGUCAUUUAGUCUACUACUAUUUAUAUACUAACCUUUCCCUUCCCUUUCCUUCCCUUCCCUUCCCUUCCCUUCCCUUUAAAGAGUCGAUUGUUAUGUAUAGGUGUGUGUGUGUGUGUGUGUGUGUGUUUUAUUGGUAUUUGAUAUUAGUUGCCCUCCCUCCCUCUCCUUCUCUCUCACCUUCUCUACAUAUUUUCUUCUCCCUCUUCCUCUCCUUUUCCCUCCCAUCCUACUCCUUCACUUUCCUUUCAUAAUUCUAUCACAAGGUAGGAUUGUGUCACCCUGCAAGGUUUCAGCCUUGACCUGCCACUGAACACUGGAUUCACAUGAGUGUUUCCUGCCGCAACACUGCAGUGUUGCAGGACCCAGAGUUAACACUACUGACCAACUGUGCCGUGUGGGAGAGCCUCCCAACCUGCUUGGCGGCUUUUCUGCCCUGGCAGUAUUGUGAUAAGGC